UUCUCCCCCUCCCCCCCCCCCCGGACUUCGGAGCCUCUCCUGGGACGCCGUCUCCGAGAGAUGAGCAUUGAGACGUUGUUAGAAGCGGCCAGGUUCCUAGAAUGGCAAGCCCAGCAACAACAGAAAACACGUGAGGAGAACGAAAGACACGAAAAGCUGUGCCUGGAGCACGAACAGGAACAGAAGAAAGCCAGCGUGCCGCGGGUGAAUCAUGCCGUUCAGCCCGAAGAACCUCCGCGCCACGAAAUCCUGGCGGCCCCCUUGUCUCCCCCAGCGCCAGCACCUCCCCCUCCCCUGCCGCCACCCCUUCCCGCGCCCAUCUCGGUCAUCCCCUCUCAUAUUUUGCCCCUUAGAAAAUCCCCCCACCCGGGCCCGCAGGUCCUUCCGGCGCCCCCCGUGCCCCCCCUCGGGGUCAAGAUGGUCCCCUCGGAGGACGCCAAGCCCAGCGAGCAGAAAAAGAGGCCCGGAGGGGUUGGCACCAGGGAAGUCCAUAAUAAAUUGGAGAAGAACAGACGGGCCCACUUGAAAGAAUGCUUUGAGACCCUGAAGCGAAACAUCCCCAACGUCGACGACAAGAAAACCUCAAACUUAAGCGUCCUAAGGAGUGCCUUAAGAUACAUCCAGACCUUAAAACGCAAAGAGAAGGAGUACGAGCAUGAGAUGGAGCGCCUGGCGCGAGAAAAAAUUGCCACUCAGCAGCGGCUGGCGGAUCUGAAGAAUGAGCUCAGCCAGUGGAUGGACGUCUUGGAGAUUGACCGGAUCAUCCGGCAGACGGUCCAGCCGGAAGAUGAUCAAGCGUCUACCUCCACAGCAUCAGAAGGCGAGGACAACAUGGACGAAGAGAUGGAGGACGACCCGCCGGUCCACUCGUUGCCAAAGCUGGCUCACCGACAGCCCCCGGAGCUCCUGAAAGCGGUCCCUCCUCCCAUUGCUGCCGCCGCUGCCGCCGUGCAACCCCACCACCACCACCACCACCACCACCAUCAUCCCCCGCCGCCGGUUUUGCCUCUGGGGCAGAAGCACGCCUCCCUGCACCACAGCCAGCCCGCCACCCUCCAGCCCCAGGCGCUGGUGCCGGCACAGACUCACCUCGUGGCGGCCUCCACCGUGCAAUCGACGGUCAUCGCCCACACGGCCACCACCCACGCCUCCGUCAUCCAGACUGUCAACCACGUCCUGCACGGGACCGCCACGGCCGCCGCCACGGCCGCCCCCCAGGCCAAACACAUCGCCCACAUCGCCCCGUCCACCUCCAGCCCGGUCCAGCUGACCCCCGCGGGGCAACCCAUCGGCCACAUCACCGUGCACCCGGCCGCCCUCAACCACGUGGCCCAGCUGGGCCAGCAUCUCCCCCUCUACCCGCAGCCCGUGGCCGUGAGCCAGCCGGCGGUGAGCCACAUCGCCCACACCCUGUCGCACCAGCAGGUCAACGGCACCGCCGGCCUCGGCCAGCCGGCGGUCAUGGCCAAGCCGCCCGUCGGGACACAAGUGGUUCACCACCCGCAGCUGGUGGGCCAGACAGUCUUGAACCCGGUGACGAUGGUCACCAUGCCUUCAUUCCCGGUGAGCACCUUAAAGCUGGCUUAGGAGGGGGCCCGAGGCGCCCAAAGGCUCCCACGCCGUACAUUCCAGCCCGGGUCUCCGCGUCGAGCGCGAGACGGCCUCGAGCCUUCCGAACGAGACGUUCGAAGGCGUUGAAAGAGCGAGCGAGCGAGCGAGGAGGAGGAUCCUGCCGAGGACACACCGCGCAGGAGGUUGCGGGGGACAGGCCAAAAAAAAAAUUAAAAUGAAACGAAAUUAAAUUAAAAAUCAACUCUCUCCCUCCUCAUCCACCCAUUCUUAUUCCCCCCCUUUUUUUCUGAUAUAUUUUAAGCAACCUGGCCAUGGAGGAGGAAAAGAAAUUUACAAAAACCCGGGGCUGCUUCUGCACUUGAAUUUUUCCCCUCAAUCAGAGAAAAAAACAUUUCACAAACAGUCCUUCGCCUGAUUAUUACUAUUUCCCCCCCCCUUUUACAUGUAAUCAGUGAAAUCACGUCUAUAAUAACGUUCUUAAGACUUUUCAGUAUCGUUUUCCACUACCGUCACCUCCCCCUUUUUAUUUUUAUUUUUUGAUGUGUCGCUUCUUUGUAGGGUUUUUUUUUAAAACGGCUGAUCGCCUUCUUGAGACUUUGCCUAGAUUAAGAAGAAGAAAAAGAAGAAAUCAUAGAAAUAUAUAUAUAUAUAUAUAUCUACCUGCCUGUAGCUACAUAUAUAUAUAAAUAUGGUUAUCAAGGAAGGCCUUUGAUGAGGCUGUGUUUUGGGUUCGUUGUUUUUUCUUUCUCCUUCCCAGGAAUAUUAGACACGACAUUAACACAGAUUCUUUUCCUUUCCGUGAAAAGAAGACAGAGCAUCCUUUAAAAAAUUUUUUUUUAAAAAAAAAAAGCAUCUUUCAAAGACAGAUGGUUUGGUGGACCAGGGUAAACCCAUAUUUAAAAAAAGAAAAAAAGAAACAACAGCUAAACAUGACGCAUUUUCCUUACAAAUAUAUUUACAUUUCAGUUUGUUUGUUUUUUUUAAAAAAAAACCAUGAAAAACAUCUGAUCACUGUGACUUGUUGCGGCAUUUUAAGGAAACCCUCUGUCUAAUAAAAGGUUUUAAAACAAACAAA